CUGAGAGCAGCAAAACAGUGAGGAGAUGAACCGAGGGCUGGUGCUGAGGCUGGAGAGCCUGGUGCAGCUCCGUGGUGCCUGCAGGCAGCUCCGGGCCCUGUCCUGCAGGAAGGUUUGGGGGGCACAAUGGAAGCCUGUGCAGGCCUCUGCACACCCCCUGUGCCCCGUCCUGCUGCGCCCACAGCUCUGCCAAAACCACAGAGUGAUCGGUGCUGCCUUAGCCCAGCGCAGACAUCUGGCCACAAAGGAGGAGACAAAAAAGAAGAAAAAGAAGUUCCCCCUGACGAGAGGUGAAGUGGAGAUAAGGCAGAAGAUGACUAUUGAGGAACUGGCACGAGCCAUGGGCAAAGACAUAGACCAUAUUUAUGAAGCACUGCUGUACACGGACGUUGAUCUGGACUCACUGGAGCCAGAUUCCAUCUUGUAUGAAGACCACAUCAAGAUGAUUGUUCAGAAGUCAGGAAUGAAGUACAAAUCAGCAAAACUGAAAGAGGAGAAGGAAAGAAAAAACACAGAUGCUGUGAAAAGGCCCCCUGCAGACCCAGCAGUGCUGACCCCACGGCCCCCCGUUGUCACCAUCCUGGGACACGUGGAUCACGGGAAGACGACGUUACUGGACAGCCUGCGCAAAACCCAGGUGGCCUCCAUGGAAGCGGGAGGCAUCACACAACACAUCGGGGCUUUCCUCGUGCACAUGCCUUCUGGGGAAAAGAUAACCUUCCUGGACACUCCUGGGCACGCAGCCUUUUCAGCCAUGCGGGCACGGGGCACCAACAUCACCGACAUCGUCAUCCUGGUGGUCGCGGCAGAGGACGGCGUGAUGGAGCAAACCGUGGAGUCCAUCCAGCACGCCAAAAAUGCAGGAGUUCCUCUUAUCCUCGCCAUCAAUAAAUGUGACAAACCCGAAGCCGAUCCCGAAAGAGUAAAGAAGGAGUUGCUGGCUCAUGAUGUGGUCUGUGAGGAGUUUGGGGGCGAUGUUCAAGCUGUAAAUAUUUCUGCACUCAAGGGUGAAAACCUGAUGGUUCUGGCAGAAGCCACUGUUGCCCUGGCAGAGAUGCUGGAGCUGAAGGCAGAUGCCACGGGGCUGGUCGAGGGCACCGUGAUCGAGUCUCGCAAAGACAAGGGCAAAGGUCCCCUCACCACAGCCAUCAUCCAGAGAGGAACUCUGAGGAAGGGCUGUGUUCUGGUUGCAGGCAAGACCUGGGCCAAGGUGCGGUUCAUGUUUGACGAGAACGGCAAGGCCGUGGAUGCAGCCCCCCCAGGCAUCCCCGUGGAAAUCAUGGGCUGGAAGGACGUCCCUUCAGCAGGGGAUGAAAUCCUGGAAGUGGAAUCCGAGCAAAGGGCACAUGAAGUGAUAGACUGGAGGACCUACGUUGAACAGCAGGAGAAGCUGAAGAAGGACGUGGAAGUUAUCGAAGCCAAGCAGAAGGAGCACAGGCUGGAGUACAAGCAGCAGCAGCAGAAGCUGGCCCAUCUGACCUGGAGGCAGAGGAAGGCCGUGCUCUACAAGGCCAACAAGCACCUGCUGUUCCAGAGGCCCAAGGACAGGAGGGAGGUGGCCGAGGACACGCUGUCGGUCAUAGUGAAAGGUGAUGUGGAUGGAUCUGUUGAAGCUAUUCUGAACAUUCUGGACAGCUAUGAUUGUGAGGAUGAGUGUAAACUGGACAUUGUCCACUUUGGAAUGGGAGACAUCAGUGAAAACGAUCUGAGCCUCGCUGAAGCCUUUAAUGGUGUUAUAUAUGGAUUCAGUGUGAAAGCCAAUGACAAUAUUAAAAAGCUGGCUGAUAAAAAGGGAAUAAAAAUUAAACUUCACAACAUCAUCUACAAACUUAUAGACGACUUAAAAGAGGAGCUCAACAGCAGACUGCCCCCAGCUGUGGUGGAGACUACAGUAGGGGAAGCUUCUGUUCUCGACACCUUCUCUGUAACAGUGGGGAAAAACAAGAUUCCAGUGGCUGGAUGCAGAGUACACAAGGGGCUGCUGGACAGGAAAAUGAAGUUCAAGUUAAUCCGCAGUGGGAAUGUUAUUUGGAAAGGAUCUUUAUCAUCACUGAAGCACCAUAAAGAUGAUGCCCAGGUAAUAAAAGCAGGAAUGGACUGUGGACUGAGUUUGGACAGGAAUUUGGAAUUCAACGUUGGGGAUGAUAUUAUUUGUUAUGAAGAAACAGAAGUUCAACAGACAACUUCCUGGGACCCGGGAUUUUAAAGGACCUUUGAAUACAUGAACACUAAGGGAUGUGUAUUAUACUCCUGGCUGGCCUUUAACUGGUAACAUUAAAUGAACUUCCAGAGAUGCA